GUGAACUGAACACUCGCAUAUGACACAAGUAAUCCCAUCCGUAUCCGAUUGCGACCAUGCCAAAUAUCCAGUUGAUCAAGCUCGACUGGUCCGACGGAACUCCCGAGACCUGGCCAAAAGGCGCCGACGUCGAUCCAACCCCAAAGAACGGCGAGGUGAACUACCAUUUCAAGCUUCCCUUGGACUCAAUAAAGUAUUCGCUUUACAAGAAGAAGUGUGGGCAGUUUCUGUCGCAGUUCAGUCGCGAGGAGGGGUUGCCUGCUGAUACCGAGAUCGAACUAAGCGAACUCCCCCAAGGCUACGCCCUCUUCGAGCACCGGAAAGGAUCCCGUACUGACGUGUAUCUCUGGGGCCACCCAACUGGUCGCAAAUUCCGUUCUCCGGCAGAGUUCAACCCCCAUCUCCAAUGGAUGGCACUCAACACUACACACCAAGCCAAUACGGAUGAUACCUGUAUCUGUGUUUGCUGCAAACAAAGCGGUGGGGCGCGGAAUUCCACGAUUGAUAGGACUCCGGGAGGACCGAUGAGCGCGAAGAAGGAGAAGAAGAAUUUUGCGGUGCAAGAGAGGCGGGAGGAGUUGGAGCCUGAUGCGCCGGCGUACAGAGUCGCUGAGUUGGUCUGGGCACGGGCACCGCAGGGAGGAAGUGAGGAGUGGGUCCCCGCUGUCGUGGUGAAGCGGCACAAGGGAGAGAAGUCCCUGGAUGCAAAAUACGACGUCAAAGACAUCGGCUCAAAAGGCAUUCGCCCGAACCUCCCUCAUAGCGACGUCCUCCCCUGGCUCGCCCGCGCUGUCGAAGGCCCCGAAGCCCAGAAAAGCACCGCCGUCAAGACCGCGCAGCAGAUCUGCAAAACAUGGUCUCUCAUCAGCUCUUACACCCCCGACGUCUCCUCGGGCCGAGAUCCACGAGCUGGGAAAUACUACAACGGGAUGUUCAUCGGUCCCGAACGAAUCUGGCGUAACGAGCCCGUGCGUCUGAAAUCCGAUCCCGAGGCAGGCGAGGAGGCAGAAGACGAGAUCAUGCUCAUCAGCGCAUUCCUACGUUCAGAAGCGGACACAACAGUCACGCUCUUGGGCGACAUCUACACCUUCCACACCUUCAAAGACGACGAAGACGGUGCCGCGAACCACGACUUACCGCCCGGAAUGGUCAUCACGGACCGUAUGCGAACCUACGCCGCAGACCGCGGCUACUGGAAACCUAAAUUCGGACCCGAAUAUGAAUCCAAUCUCGAACUUGACGAGAUCGCGGGGAGGUGGUACGAGGACUGGGUGUUCCCCUCGGAGCCGAAGAUUACGUUGGGAAGUGUGGAAGUGAGUCGAUGGGUCACGAACCGUGCUGAGGGAAUGGGGAGUGAAAGUUGGGAUGGAGAGGGGGCUGUGGCCGCGACUCCGGGGGCGUCUGGGGGGGUCGGAACGCCGACGCCUGCGGGAAGGAUCGGGAAUGGUGCAUCGCCGCUUGCGAGGAAGGUGUUGGAUUCGGAUGGGAGUGCGAAGAGGCCCUUGGAAAUUGAUUCGGCGGUGGGCAGUGAAGAGCCCGCUGCAAAGGUGCCGAGGAGUGAUGGUCAGACGGAUGCUACUCAGUCCAGUGACAAGAUUUAACAUUGACUAUGGCUGGAGAAGAUAUACCUACGGCUCAAUCAUUAAGCACGGUUGGUGAUACCAAUAUGAAGUAGCAGGAAUCCAAAAAUUUCCUUCGUCAAUCGUCUAAAGCUCAUGCUAUCCUAAAAAUGUUCACGAACGCCUUGGCCAAGUGCAGCUCUAUGUCCCAUAUCAAUCAUAACGAAACUAAACCAUCUCCUCGUCCUGUACUCUCUGGUACUCCGUCCUCUUCGGGCGUGACAACACCGACGUAACGCUACUCAACCAGCUAUCGCUUG